GCGCAACAACAAAAAUACGCAGUCCGGCCCGGCGCAUUUGACGGCGAACAGUCGACGCGCGAGCAUCACGAGUGCACGGGCCGUUGUAGACGUAUCGAGGAGACAAGGCAGAAAGCACGUAGUUAAGAAAGAGAGAGGCAGCCGUUUCGCUUCCGCGUUAUACUCGGCGAAUAAUAUUCGCAGACGUCGCGCGAACGUCGCAUUCAGUGAUUCACGAAGAAAAGUUCGCAUACAGUGAGAGUGACGAAAAUGGUGUCCGGCGGUAUGACUUGCGUGAAAUAUCUGCUGUUCCUCUUCAACCUGAUAUUCGCGAUCACCGGUAUCGUAUUUAUUUCGGUGGGCACGGUGAUUCUGGUUGCCUACAGUGGAUACAACAACUUUAUGGAUAGUUGGUUCUUUGCAGCACCAGUCUUAAUGAUAAUAGUCGGUGUCAUAGUCUUCCUUGUAUCAUUCUUUGGAUGUUGCGGCGCCGUGAAGGAAAAUCAUUGCAUGAUAAUUACGUUCUCAGUUUUGCUGCUGUUGAUAUUUGCCCUGGAAUUGGGCGCUGGAAUCACAGGUUACAUGAUGAGAGGAGAAGUUGGUAAUAUGUUAGAAAAUCGUUUGAAUAGUACUAUGCGACAGUAUAGUAGUAAUGAUGAUAUUCGUCGAUCGUGGGACAUCAUGCAGCACGAUUUACAUUGCUGUGGCAUGAAUGCUCCCGCAGAUUGGUCCCAUAUUGGUUUCGUAGGCAAUAACGUUCCUCAGUCCUGCUGCAAGGAAAUCCCUUCUCAGAACAGCAAAUGCGAUUCAAAUUCGAUUCAAGCCUUUAGCGACGGCUGCAUGAUGAAAUUGCAAUCUGCUAUAGAAAAUAAUGCUAUGAUUCUGGGAGGAGUGGGCAUAGGCAUAGCCCUCAUACAAUUGAUUGGAGUAAUCUUUGCGUGCUGUUUGGCUCGCUCGAUUCGCCGCGAGUAUGAGACUGUCGAAACCACAGCACACUGAUCUGCCAUCAAUUAGGAGGCAUUUUCAUAAUAUUGUUCAUCAUACAUUGGUUGAUAUUUGUAGAUUCAUUACGAUCGUAAUCAUUCUUAUUGUGCUUACAAAUAAAUAUAUAUAUAUCCAAAGAGGAAUGAUGUCACAAGUAUUUAGUGUACAGUGAUAAAUUAACGAUGCUUCGAUAUGUAAUGCACGUGAAAUUACAUAUACAUACUUUUGUAAAGAGAAUGCAAAUUGGUAUCUCGACUUUUGCUUGCUUCUAAAAAAGAAAGGGAAAAGUGCUAUGCCUUGAAUAUUAACAUUCCCCUAUUUAAUAUCAAAUUACUGCCAAUAUUUGCCAAAAAAUAUACAUCACACGCUGUAUAAGAAGCAAUAAAAAGAGAAAAAAGAAAACUAGUCGAAAAUGUAUACGAUCCUGUUUACAGAGAUUAUAUCAAUAGAAUGUUGAUCAAUUUUUGGCACAUGUAUAACGAGGUGCCUGUUAAAUAAUGUGCCAUGAUGUAAUAUCUGACAGAUCUAUUUUUUCAUGUGAUAUGUUUAUACAUGAAGUUUGUAAUCUUUUGCGCAUUAUAUACGAUUUGUAUCAUUAUAGGAGAUAGAGCAUUCAAUGUAACCAUCAUUCCUCUUAAUUUUUUGUCAGACUUAUUAAAAAAAAAAAAAAGCUAAAAAGA